AUGUCAGCGGUCACAUCCAGCCUGUCCACAGAUCAGCAGAAGAAGCUGCUGUCUUUCUUCGGCCAUGUCAGACUCCACCUGCUCUACAAAGCCAGCAUCCACGGCUUCACAGCGGCUGCCUUCCACGCUCGCUGUGACAAGCAGGGGCCCACUGUCACUGUGGCGUACAACGCUGCUGGGUUUCUGUUUGGGGGCUACACCUCCAAGGACUACGCCCAGAGCAAACAGGCUGUCCAUGAUGCUGCAGCUUUUCUUUACAGCAUCAGUGCUGAGAGAGAGAAACCUCUGAGGGUUGAAUGUGUCCAAGGGCAGCCUGCUUUCAUAGAUGAAAGCACAGGUCCACAUUUUGGUGCUCUGGUGUUCCUGCAUGGAGACCAGCCUGCAGCGCAGAAUAAUCCAAGCACAAGCUUUAACGUUGAGGCUGCAGAGAUGCACGGAUAUGACCUGGUGCUGACGGAGUUUGAGCUGUAUCGAGUUGAAGACUUGGGAGAUUUGCUGCCGAAGCCCUGGAGAAACAUUCAGUGGACCUCUGAGAAGAGAAAACAGCUGAUGACAACCAUCCUGAGGUAUAAACCUGACAUAAAAACCAUGAAUCACGCUCGUGUGCUGUUGGUGGGUGCUGUUGGGGCUGGCAAGUCCAGUUUGUUCAACUCCAUCAACUCAGCUUUUCGAGGCAACAUGACCUGCCAGGCCAUGGCUGGAACAGCAGAAACAAGUUUGACCUCUCAGUUUCGCACUUACACCAUCAAGGUGGGGAAAAGUGGAGGAGCCAUUCCUCUGGUACUCUGUGACACAAUGGGACUGGAGGAAAACGCUGAUGCUGGUUUGAACAUUGAUGACAUAGUCAGCAUCUUCAAGGGUCACAUCAAGGAUCGCUACCAGUUCAGUACUUCGUCACCAAUUCUGGAAGAUGCUCCUGGCUAUAGGAAGCACGUGACUCUGAAUGACAAGAUUCACUGCGUGGCGUAUGUGGUCGACACCUGCAAGGUGUCUCUUCUCAGCCCAAAGAUGCUGGAUAAGUUUGCUGCUAUCCGGAAGAAGGCCAACCAACUGGGAAUUCCUCAGCUCAUCUUGAUGACGAAGGUGGAUGAAGCCUGUCCACUUGUGGCAGAAGACUUAAAGAAUGUGUAUCGAAGUGUUUACAUCCAGCAGAAGGCCCGUCAGCUGAGUGAGUCUCUGGGUGUCCCGUUGUCUUUUGUGCUGCCUGUGAAAAACUACUGUGAGGAGCUGGAGCUGGACCAAAACACCAACAUCCUGCUGUUCAUGGCCUUGGAGCAAAUGCUCAAUUAUGCUGACAACUUUUUCGAGAACCAAGUUGCAGACGAUCCAGAAGACAAAAUCCAGCAGGAGCAACACAGAUCUAACGAUCAUCUCCGCAGAGUUUCACCAAAACAUGAUGAACAUGAAGUUGUUUAA